AGGCACGUGCUUGCCUCCUCGACAACGGAAGCCAAAAUAACUUUGGGCUUGACCGACGCGUCAACACCAACCACCAUGGAGGCCUUCGCGCCUUCCAAUUCAUCGACGGCGGCGGCCGUCACGUUCAUAACAUUCGUGCAGGAUUUGAAGAAGAAGACGAAGACAUGGGGGCCAAUGAUAGAGCUUUGCGAGAACGGGGAGAAGACAUUGCAUAGAUUCCGGUAUCAGUUUCCGGAUGACUGGCUCUACAGCGACCAGCUGCGUGGCGAAUGGAGUGCGUACAACGAGAUCCUCAAGAGGAAGAACGAUUCAAUCCAGGAGCAACUCGCCGGUCUCCAGCUCAAGAUUGUCGCCGAGGACAAGAUCAUCGAGAACAAGAUCAAUGACAUUAUUCAGGAGUGGGAGCAGACCCGACCUGUACAAGGCAGCUUACGCGCCGACACGGCGCUCAACACCAUCAAUGUCUUCGAAGGCAAACUCAACCGAGUCCAGGGGGAGUACGACCUGGUCUGCCGAGCGAAAGAGGCGCUUGAGCUUGAACUAACGCGGCACACGCGUCUGGAGCCGGUGUUCGAGGAGCUCAAAGAUCUCAAGGGCGUGUGGACCGCGCUUUCCGGAAUUUGGAGCCAGAUUGGAGAGCUGCGGGAGCUGUCAUGGGCGACUGUCCAACCGAGGAAGCUGAGGCAGCAGAUCGACGCGUUGCUGAACUCGACGAAGGAUAUGCCAACACGCAUGAGACAAUACGCGGCUUUCGAAUACGUGCAGGAUGUGUUGAAGGGGCUCCUCAAGUCUAAUGCUCUCGUGUCGGAGCUGCAAUCUGAGGCGAUGAAGGACCGACACUGGAAACAGCUAUUCAAGUCACUACGGCUCCCAGCCGCGAUACCUCUACCACUCAUGACACUUGGUCAUGUAUACGAUCUCGACCUCAAGAAGAACGAGAGCUUGAUUAGGGAAGUGAUUGUCCAAGCUCAAGGAGAGAUGGCGCUCGAAGAAUAUAUCAAGCAAGUCAAGGAGACUUGGACUAGCUACACACUCGACUUGGUCAACUAUCAGACGAAAUGCCGUCUCAUCAGAGGUUGGGAUGAUCUAUUUGCGAAAUGCAGCGAGAAUCUGAACUCGUUAACGGCGAUGAAAUUAUCACCGUACUACAAAGUGUUCGAGGAAGAGGCAGCAUCCUGGGAAGAAAAGUUGAACAGGAUUCAUGUGCUGUUUGAUGUGUGGAUUGAUGUGCAGAGACAAUGGGUUUACCUCGAGGGCAUCUUUUCCGGCAGUGCCGACAUCAAGCACCUGCUACCAGUCGAGAGCGGACGGUUCCAGAACAUCAAUGCUGAGUUCUUGACCGUGAUGAAGAAGGUGUACAAGUCGCCCUUCGUACUUGAUGUUCUGAACAUCCAGGGAGUCCAGAAGAGCUUGGAGCGUCUGGCCGACCUGCUUAACAAGAUUCAGAAAGCCCUUGGAGAGUACCUGGAACGCGAGCGAUCGUCAUUCCCGCGGUUCUACUUUGUCGGAGACGAGGAUCUGCUUGAGAUCAUCGGAAACAGCAAGGAUAUUCUGCGAAUCAUGAAACACUUGAAGAAGAUGUUUGCCGGAAUUUCGACGGUCAGCUUGGACGACGAUCUGACCCAAAUGCAAGGGAUGGCUUCAAGAGAGGGCGAGCAAGUGCCUUUUACGACACCCAUUCUACUGUCGGAGUAUCCCAAGAUUAACGACUGGCUGGCGAGGAUCGAGACGAUGAUGCGGCUUUCGCUCGCGAAUCUGCUCUCGGAAGGUGUCUCCGAGUUGCAGGCGUUUUAUGGAACCGGCUCGGCGCUUCCGAUGGAGCAGUUCAUGCAGUGGAUGGAGAAAUACCCUGCGCAGCUCGUGACGUUGGCAGUCCAGGUCGCGUGGACAGGCGCUGUUGAGGCUUCCCUGGAUGCAGGCAAGAUGCCCGAAGAACCGCUGCAAACCGUCACCCAGGCACUGGACCUGCUCGCCGAUAUCGUGCUCCAAGAUCUCAUCCCCGUCACUCGACGCAAAUGCGAACACCUUAUCACGGAACUCGUGCACCAGCGUGAUGUCACAAGGACGCUCAUCUCCGAGCAUGUUCUUGACAGCAAGAGCUUUGUGUGGCUGUACCAGAUGCGAUUCUACCUCGACAAGGCUGUGGAAAACCCGCUGGACCGCCUGACGAUCCGAGUGGCCGAUGCCAGCUUCCCCUACGGCUGGGAAUAUCUCGGUGUACCUGACCGGCUUGUCCAAACGCCUCUGACGGACCGAGUGUAUCUCACGCUGACACAAGCGCUGGAUAAUCAGCUUGGUGGUGCUCCCUUUGGACCUGCCGGAACCGGUAAAACCGAAUCGGUCAAAGCACUUGGCGUCCAACUCGGUCGCUUUGUGCUUGUCUUCUGUUGCGACGAAACAUUCGAUUUCCAGGCCAUGGGCCGUAUCUUUGUCGGUCUGUGUCAAGUCGGCGCCUGGGGCUGUUUCGACGAAUUCAAUCGGCUGGAGGAACGGAUUCUCAGUGCUGUCUCGCAGCAGGUCCAGAGCAUCCAGCAGGGUCUUGCGGCACUCGCAAAGAACCCAAACACUGAGAUCGAGCUGGUCGGCAAGAGCUUGAAGAUCAACAAGAACAUCGGGAUCUUCAUCACUACCAACCCGAACUACGCUGGCCGAUCGCAGCUUCCGCCGAAUUUGACCAAGUUGUUCAGACCAAUGGCCAUGACCCGUCCUGAUCGAGAACUGAUUGCGCAAGUGAUGCUCUUCUCGCAAGGCUUCCGGACGGCCGAAUCGCUUGCGUCCAAGAUCGUGCCCUUCUUCAACCUCUGUGACGAACAGCUCUCACCGCAGCCGCAUUACGACUUUGGUCUGCGUGCUCUGAAAGCCGUGUUAGCCAGUGCGGGUAUCUUGAAGCGAGAGCGAUUGCAGAGUGUCAGAGCCGAUGCCGAAGACGAGGACAACCUCCAAGUGGGGCUUUCGGACUCGGUGUCUGAGCAGAUCAUUCUGAUUCAGAGUGUGACGGAGACCAUCGUGCCCAAGCUCGUAGCUGACGAUGUCCCUCUCUUGACCAACCUCCUCGCUGAUGUCUUUCCUGGAGUGGACUAUCUACCUGUGGACCUCGACAAGCUGCGGGAGCAGAUCCUCAAAGUCUGCGCCGAACGGCGCCUGAUCGACGGGGAGCGCUGGAUCGCCAAGAUUCUGCAGCUGUAUCAGAUCCAAAAGAUCCAGCACGGUCUGAUGAUGGUCGGGCCGUCCGGGACCGGCAAGACGAAUGCAUGGCAAGUUCUGCUCGCGGCUCUGGAGCGACUGGACGGAAUCGAGGGUGUGCCUUAUGUGAUUGACCCCAAGGCCAUGGACAAGGAGGCGUUGUAUGGCACGCUGGAUCCGACCACCCGCGAGUGGAACGAUGGCCUGUUCACUCAUAUCCUGCGGAAGAUCGUGGAUGAUGUUCGCGGAGAGAGUGGGAAGAGGCACUGGAUUAUCUUUGACGGAGAUGUGGAUCCAGAGUGGGUGGAGAACCUGAAUAGUGUUCUGGAUGAUAACAAGCUGCUCACGCUGCCCAACGGCGAGCGUCUGAAUCUUCCUCCCAACGUACGGAUCAUGUUCGAGGUGGAGCAUCUCAAGUAUGCGACACUGGCGACUGUCAGCCGAUGCGGUAUGAUCUGGUUCAGUGACGAUGUCGUCGAGCCAUCCAUGGUCUAUCGGCACUACCUCCAGACGCUGGCAGCCGUUCCACUCGACGCGGACGACGAUGAUGCCGGGGAUAUUCUUAUCCGCCGAGCUGAUGCUGACACGACCGCGUCUGCCAACCUCGAAACGCAAAAACAGAUUGCCUCGAUUCUCGAGCGCUACUUCAGCGAUGGCGAACUCGUCGACAGCGCCUUGCACUUUGCCGAAUCGAUUGAACACAUUAUGGACUUUACGGUCACCCGUGCGCUGAACACGCUGUUUUCGCUGCUGAACAAGACGGUGCGCAACGUGGUGGAGUACAACAUCCAGCAUCCCGACUUCCCGCUGUCUCCCGAGCGCGUCGAGCAGUAUGCCACGAAGCGGCUGCUGGUGAGCAUCAUCUGGGCGUUCUCUGGGGAUGCGAAACUGGACCUGCGGGCGGAGAUGGGCGAAUUUCUGCGCAAACAGACGAGCAUUGACCUGCCGCCGCUCCACCAGGGCAGCUCGCUCAUUGACUACGACGUUCAAGUCUCCAACGGCGAGUGGACCGCUUGGCAGUCGAAGGUCCCUGUCAUCGAAAUCGAGGCACACGCAGUCACUGCGUCGGAUGUCGUCGUUCCCACGAUGGACACCGUGCGACACGAGGAGGUGCUCUACUCCUGGUUGUCUGAGCACAAGCCACUCAUGUUGUGCGGGCCGCCUGGAUCGGGCAAGACGAUGACCCUGUUCAGUGCGCUCCGGAAGAUCCCGGACAUGGAGGUCGCAGGCCUCAACUUCUCGAGUGCGACGACACCAGAGCUCAUUCUCAAGACGUUUGAGCAGUACUGCGAGUACCGCAAGACGCCCAACGGCGUGAUCCUGGCCCCGGUGCAGAUCGGGCGGUGGCUAGUCGUGUUCUGUGACGAAAUCAAUCUACCCGCGAUGGACAAGUACGGCACACAACGCGUCAUCUCGUUCAUCCGCCAGCUGGUCGAGUGCGGCGGAUUCUGGCGCGCGUCGGAUAUGUCCUGGAUCAAGCUUGAGCGGAUCCAGUUCGUCGGGGCCUGCAAUCCGCCGACGGAUCCGGGCCGUGUUCCGCUAAGCCACCGAUUCCUGCGCCACGCACCGCUGGUGAUGGUGGACUACCCCGGCGAGGUGUCACUGAAGCAGAUUUACGGGACAUACAACCGUGCGCUGCUGAAGGUCGUGCCAAACCUGCGCGCAUACGCGGAGCCGCUUACGGACGCGAUGGUCGAGUUCUAUCUGGCCUCGCAGAAGAGAUUCACGACGGACAUCCAGGCCCACUAUGUGUACAGUCCCCGUGAGCUGACUCGCUGGGUGCGCGGAAUCUACGAAGCCAUCCGCCCGCUCGAGAUCCUGUCUGUCGAGGGACUGGUGCGGGUUUGGGCCCACGAGGCGUUGCGGCUGUUCCAAGAUCGGCUAGUCAGCGAGGAAGAGAAGACCUGGACGGAUGAGAAUAUCGAUUCGUCGGCGAUGGUGCAUUUCCCGACUAUCAACCGGGACGAGGCUCUCACCCGCCCCAUCCUGUUCUCGAACUGGACAUCGAAGAACUACAUCCCCGUCGACCGCGAGACCCUGCGGGAGUACACCAAGGCACGACUGCGGGUGUUCUACGAGGAGGAGCUGGACGUUCCGCUUGUGUUGUUCAAUGACGUACUGGACCACGUUCUGAGGAUUGAUCGGGUGUUCAGGCAGGUGCAGGGUCACUUGCUGCUCAUUGGUGUCUCCGGCAGUGGCAAAACCACGCUCUCUCGCUUCGUGGCCUGGAUGAAUGGCCUGAGCAUCUUCCAGAUCAAGGUUUCAAACAAAUACACCGGUGAUGACUUUGACGAGGAUCUGCGCACUGUGCUGCGACGCGCAGGGUGCAAGGGCGAGAAGAUCUGCUUCAUCAUGGACGAAUCGAACGUGCUUGACUCCGGCUUCCUGGAGCGCAUGAACACUCUGCUUGCCAACGCCGAAGUUCCGGGUCUCUUCGAGGGCGACGAGCACGCGGCCCUAAUGACGUCGUGCAAGGAGGGAUCACAGCGGGAUGGUCUAAUGCUCGACUCGCACGAGGAACUGUACCGCUGGUUCACGCAGCAGGUCGCCAAGAAUCUGCAUGUCGUGUUUACUAUGAAUCCGCCGGAGAACGGCCUGGCGUCGAGGGCCGCGACGUCGCCUGCGCUGUUCAAUCGAUGUGUGCUGGAUUGGUUCGGCGACUGGUCGGACCAGGCCUUCUACCAAGUUGGAAUGGAGUUUACGAAUACCCUGGAUCUGGAUCUACCGACGUAUUCUCCGCCGGCGCAUUUCCCGAUUGCGUAUCGCGGGCUGGAUAUGCCUCCAUUGCACCGUCCGGCGGUGGUCAAUGCGUUGGUCUAUGUCCAUCAAUCGCUGCAUGCGAUCAACCAGCGCCUUAGUCGGCGUCAGGGACGACAUAACUAUGUCACACCUCGGCAUUACCUCGACUUUAUCAACCACUAUGUACGGCUGUACACUGAGAAGCGAGAUGAGCUUGAGGAGCAGCAGCGCCAUCUCCACGUCGGCUUGGACAAGCUGCGCGAUACUGUCACCCAGGUCGAGGAACUGCGCAAGAGUCUCGCCAUCAAGCGAUCGCAGCUGCUCGCUAAGGAUGCCGAGGCCAACGAGAAGCUCAAGCGGAUGGUGGCCGACCAGCAAGAGGCCGAGCAGAAGAAGACGGCCUCGAUCAAGAUCCAAGCCGACCUAGUCAAGCAGGACAAGGAGAUUGAGCAACGGCGCGCGAUUGCCACCGCCGAUCUUGCAGAUGCGGAACCCGCCGUCCGGGAGGCCCAGGAUGCCGUCAGCAAUAUCAAAAAGCAGCAUCUGCAGGAAGUCCGUGGGAUGGCCAAUCCCCCCGAGGCGGUCAAGUUGACGAUGGAGUCUGUAUGCACGAUCCUGGGGCACCGGAUCGACAACUGGCGCUCAAUUCAGACUAUCCUACGAGCGGACAACUUCAUCAGCGGGAUCUUGAGAUUCGACACGACGACGCAGAUGACGAAGCAGCUGCGCGACACGAUGAAGAAGGAUUUCCUCUCCCGGCCGUCGUUCAACUUCGAAACCGUGCAGCGGGCCAGCAAAGCUUGCGGGCCGCUCGUCAAGUGGGUGUUGGCGCAGGUGCGCUUCUCCGAGAUCCUCGACCGCGUCGAGCCGCUGCGGAAUGAGGUGGCGUCGUUGGAGGUCGAGGCGGAGACGACGAAGAAGCAAGCGGCGGCUAUCAUCGACAUGAUCGCUGAGCUGGAGGCCAAGAUCGCGCGGUACAAGGACGAGUACGCGCUGCUCAUCAGCGAGACGCAGGCCAUCAAGGCGGAGAUGGAGCGCGUCCAGGGCAAGGUCGACCGCAGCAUGAAGCUGCUCGAGAGUCUGUCCUCUGAGCGCGGCCGGUGGGAGUCUGGUAGCCGCACGUUCGACACGGAGAUGAGCACCAUCGUUGGUGAUGUGCUGCUGUCUGCUGCGUUCCUCGCGUAUGGCGGCUUCUUCGACCAGCAGUACCGAGAAGGCAUGUGGCAGGAGUGGUCCAACCAUCUGACCGAGGCGAGCAUCAAAUUCAAGCCGGAGCUGUCGUUGACAGAGUACCUCUCGACCGCCGACGACCGGCUGAGCUGGCAGUCCAAAUCGCUCCCGUCGGACAAUCUGACGACAGAGAAUGCGAUUAUGCUGAAACGGUUCAAUCGGUACCCGCUGAUCAUCGAUCCGACGGGCCAGGCGACGACGUUCCUGAUGAACGAAUACAAGGACCGCAAGAUCACGGUCACGAGCUUCCUCGACGAAGCGUUCCUCAAGGUCCUCGAGAGCGCGCUCCGCUUCGGGAACCCGCUGCUGAUCCAGGACGUCGAGCACCUGGACCCUAUUCUCAACGCCGUGCUGAACAAGGAGAUCCGCCGGACCGGAGGGCGUGUUCUGAUCCGGCUCGGCAGCCAGGACAUCGACUUUUCGCCGUCGUUCACGAUGUUCUUGUCGACGCGCGAUCCGUCGGUGGAGUUCUCGCCGGACAUCUGCAGUCGGGUCACGUUUGUGAACUUCACGAUGACCCGCAGCAGUCUGCAGAGCCAGAGCCUGGACCAGGUGCUCAAGGUCGAGCGGCCGGACACCGAGCGGAAGCGGACGGAUUUGAUGAAGAUCCAGGGUGAGUUCAGGCUGCGGUUGAGGACGCUGGAGAAGCUGCUGCUGCAGGCGCUGAACGAAAGCUCGGGCAACAUUUUGGACGACGACAAAGUGAUUGACACGCUCGAGACGCUGAAGCGCGAGGCGGGCGAAAUCACGCGCAAGGUCGAGGAGACGGAUGUGAUCAUGAAGGAGGUCGAGCAGGUGACCGCCGAGUACCUCCCGCUCGCGCAGGCCUGCAGCUCGGUGUUCUUCGUCCUCGAGCAGCUGAACCUGGUGAACCACUUCUACCAGUUCUCGCUCCGGUUCUUUCUCGACAUCUUCGAGCACGUGCUGCACCACAACCCGAACCUCAAGGGCGUCGCGGACUACGACCGGCGGCGCAACAUCCUGCUGAACGACCUCUUCCUGCACGUGUACAAGCGCACGUCGCGCGCGCUGCUCUACCGCGAUCAGGUCAUGCUCGCGGUCCUGCUCGCACAGGUAAAGCUCCGCGGCGUCGAGGAGAUCACCGACGAGCUCGAGUUCCUGCUCGAAAGCGGAGAUGGCGUGGCUGCUGCGGCUGCGCCGGGUGCUGCGGCCGCGGACAAGGUCUCCUCGGUGCUGAAUCAGGACCAGAUGGAUCGCAUGGAUUCGUUUGCGAGGCAUUCGAUAUUCAAGCCUGUUCAGGCCCACUUUAUGGAGCACGAGAGUGACUGGGUCCCCUUCCUCGGCUCGAAUGCCCCCGAGACGAUGGUACCUACGCCGUGGGAGGCUGGCUCACCGGCCGUCGAGGCGCUCCGAUCAGCCAUCAUCAUCAAGUGCUUCCGGCCGGACCGACUGCUGCAGGCCACGGCGCAAUUCGUGCGGGUGGUGUUCGACACUGACAUCGCGGGAGAGUCUCGGUACGACCUGUCGGAGAUGGUCACGAACGAGGUGCCCGCCUCGACCCCGCUGGGGCUGGUCUCCGUCCCGGGCUACGACGCCAGCUACCGCGUGGAGAAUCUUAUUAAGAACACGGGCACGCGCUCGUCGUCUGUGGCGAUGGGCUCGCCAGAAGGAUUCAAGUUGGCGGACGACGCGAUCGCUGCUGCCUCGAGGCAAGGGACAUGGGUGCUGCUCAAGAACGUGCAUCUCGCCUCGGCAUGGCUGGGCCAGCUGGAGAAGAAGCUGCAGACGCUCAAUCCACACCGCAAUUUCCGGCUGUUCCUUACGAUGGAGGCCAACCCGAGCUCGAUCCCGGUCAACAUCCUGCGGCAGUCGCGACUGAUCAUGAACGAGCCGCCGCCCGGGAUCAAAGCGAACCUGCUCGACUCGCUGCGCAACAUCUCCGCGUCGCGGAUGUCGCAGGGCCCGGCAGAGAAGGUCCGGCUGUACUUCCUGUUGUCGUGGUUCCACGCGGUUGUGCAGGAGCGACUGCGGUAUGCGCCGCUGGGGUGGAGCAAAGCGUACGAUUUCAACGAUUCGGACAUGGCCUCGGCGUUCAACACCAUCGACACGUGGCUGAACUCCGUGUCCAAAGGCCGUGCCAACAUCGAUCCCGUGACGAUCCCCUGGGACGCGCUGCGGACGCUGGUGAAGCAGUCCGUGUACGGCGGUCGCGUGGACAGCGACUUCGACCAGCGCAUCCUCGACGCGUUCGUGGACAAGCUCUUCACGCCCGCGGCGUACAACGUCGAUUUCAGCCUGGUCCCCAGCGUCAACGGCAGCCAGAACAGCGUGCUCGGCGCACCGGACGGGACCAAGAUCGAGCAGUUCCUGGCCUGGGUGCAGCAGCUGCCGGACCGAGAGCCCCCGAGCUGGCUGAGUCUGCCGCCUACCGCAGAGCGGGUCAUCGCUGCCGCGCAAGGAAACGAGCUGCUCGGCAAGUUGCGCAAGAUGCGGAUGCUUUCGGAUGACGACGACGACACCACUGUGGCGGCCUCUGCGUCCAAGGCGCAGGGAUCGCAGCAGCCGGCCUGGAUGCGGACGCUGUUCGACCGAUGCCGGCAGUGGAUCGAGAUCCUUCCCGAGAAAUUCAACAUCCUGGUGGGCAGCGACAACGAGGACCCGCUAAACCGGCUGUUCAUGCGCGAAGGGUCGAUUGGGCAGAAGCUGCUGGCCCAGGUGCAGAAGGAUCUGAAGGAUGUGAUCAGGGUCUGCCAGGGCGAACUGAAGCAGACGAACCACCUGCGCACGCUGAUGAGCUCGCUGACCAAGGGCACGAUACCGGACCACUGGCGCCGCUACAAGGUGCCCAAGUCGAUGGCCGUGUCGGGCUGGAUCGCCGAUCUCGCGCGGCGGCUGGCGCAGCUCGACCACGUCGCUGGGCUCGACAACCUCAGCAACGUCGAGGUGUGGCUCGGCGGGCUGUUCUUCCCGGAGGCGUACGUCACGGCGACCCGCCAGGCGGUGGCGCACCGCAAGAAGUGGAGUCUGGAGACGCUGCAUCUGAGGCUGGACAUCGAGCGGGUGAAUGAUCCCCAGGCGUUUAUCAUCGAUGGCCUCACGCUGGAAGGGGCCGCCUGGUCCGUCGACAAGCUCGUCCUGAACGACGGCGAGGCGGUGCGGCUCAAUCCCUCACAACUGCGCUGGGUACAGGCCGACGAGUCGACCUCGAAUUCGGUGAAUCUGCCGGUCUACCUGAACAACGACCGUAGCGACGUGUUGUUCACGGUCGAUCUGCCGUUUGACGGGACGGCCGGCGCGUUGGUGGCGAUGCGCGCCGUGUGCCUAACUGCCGGGGGCUGAGUGGUCGGAUAAUUUCUAGUUUAUGUAAUUCACGAAUGGCUCGAUGCCCCAUGCUGGACAGGCACAUUGUCUGGUAUUGUAGUGCUACUUGAGUCGUGUCUUGAGUAGCGGAGCGGGAGGUCUUGAAGAGCCGUGACCAACCACUGCAGGAGGAAUGGAAGCUGGGGUCAUCAAGCCAUCAGAGAUGGCGUCGGCUGGCGAUCUAAUCUAGGCUCACUUCCACCCUCUAUAGCAGUUUCAGCCAAGUCUCCUCCAAGUAUUCGGAGCCACCUACUACAUACAGAGUUCUAAUCUAUACUUUUCAUGCAAGACU